GCUUCACGAAGGGAAAAAUCGCGUACGGCGUCCAGCAGGAGAUGCUGCAAUAAAAUUCGAUCGAGGGACGUUUCGUAGCAUCGUGGCGACAUGGCCACGGCAUCGCAAUGGUUGCUGUUGACUUGCUUGGGAUUCUGUGCGGCAUGGAUGGACGAAAGGCCUGUGUUGGAGUCUCGGGACGGAAAUCUGUUCAUUUCCGCCGCCAAGGACAAGAACAUCACCCUGAAGACCCUAGGAGAUGGCCAAGUGACCGUGAACGAAAUUAAUUUGCUUCACGUCGCUACUGCUGCUGAAAGCGCGACGCAUCUGAUCGAGAGAUGGAGAACCGGGUAUCUGGCCGAGGUGGAAUCGAAUUUGCACCGAUUGACGCAAAUUGUCGAGGGCCCGGAAGGUUUGGAGAAGAGAAUAGCUAUGAUGAAGGGAUUCGGAGAUGGGAAUAAUACGCUGCAACCAGAAACUUUGACGAGGAACCAAUCUAUCACAGGGAUGAAUUCGAAGAUUCGAAUGAUCGCUCAUAGAGUACGACGUGUGGAAGAAAAAGUAAGGUCGAUAGAAUCGAAGUUGAGGAUAAACGAAUGCACUAGCAACCCUUGUCAAAAUGGUGGCUCGUGUCAGGAUCUUUACGAAGGGUACCAGUGCCAUUGUCCCUCAAAUUGGGAGGGACCAAAUUGCGUGGUGGAUGUAAACGAGUGCGUUAGGUUGCUGGGAACAGACCUCGGAUGCCAAAAUGGAGCUACCUGUUUGAACCUCCCGGGAUCAUAUAGGUGCGAGUGUGCUCCAGGCUGGUUCGGCCUGCACUGCAACAAAAAGUCUUCCAUUUGCAACACGCAAAACUCCGACGAACUAUGCGGUCACGGUGUUUGCGUGGCCAAAACUGGCACACCGCUCGGUUACACUUGCAUCUGUGACCAGGGUUGGCAGGCCGAUAGUCCAAAUCCUGCUUGCAUCAAAGACGUGGACGAAUGCGCCGGGAAUCAUAGACCAUGUUCCGUGCAUCCUUGGGUCGCUUGUCGAAACGCUCCUGGGACAUUCUUCUGUGAUUCUUGCCCUCAGGGUUACACGGGAAAUGGUUAUUAUUGCAUCGACAUCGACGAGUGUUUGGUGGAUAACGGAGGUUGCAGCACGUCACCUAGAGUUCAGUGCAUCAAUACCAUGGGCUCGAGGAUGUGCGGACCAUGUCCCACGGGGUACCAAGGCGACGGUGUAACCUGUACCUACGUUGGCAGCUGCGCUAUCAACAAUGGCGGUUGUCAUCCAUUAGCCGCGUGCAUCAAGAAUCCAGCUCUCCCAAGCUCCUACGUGAUGUGCCGUUGUCCAAUCGGCAUGGUGGGUGAUGGAAUCGGUCCGAACGGUUGUCAACCAUCGACCGAUGUGUCUGUUAAUGCACUCUGCUCCAGUAAUCCCUGCGUGAAUGGCCGAUGCAUCGAUAACGGGCACAGCUACACUUGCGCGUGCAAUGUUGGGUACACAGGGGCCACGUGUAACGUGAAAAUAGAUCCGUGCACACCGAAUCCCUGCAAAAACAGCGGUGUAUGCGUGAUUUCUAACGGUGGGGUAUCCUGCGACUGCACGUCGACGUACACCGGCAGCAGAUGCGAAAUGCCACGGCAGACCUGCGGCGGUGUGUCCCGUAAUCCCGUGGGACAUCUCGAGUUCCCGAUCGGUGGAAACGUUUAUCAGAAGGGGCUGAGCUGCGCCUGGGUUCUGGUCACCAACAGCUCGCUCGUGUUAAACGUCACGUUCACCCGUUUCAACCUGGAGCAAUCGACCGACUGCAAGUUCGACUUUCUGCAGAUACACGAUGGCAGGAACGCCGGCAGUCAGAUGAUCGGCAGGUUUUGCGGCAACACCUUUCCCAACGAGAACGGAAAUAUCGUGUCCUCGCACAACUCUUUGUACUUCUGGUUCCACUCCGACGACAGCGUAACUAACGACGGCUUCGCGUUCCAUUGGAACAGCAUCAAGCCCGUUUGCGGCGGUAGUUUGACGGCCGAUUACGGCACGAUCAGCUCGCCUGGAUCACCAGGCAGGUAUCCGCCGAACAGGGACUGUUAUUGGCAGAUUACCGUUAGACCCUCCAAGAGAAUACAGAUCCAUUUCGGGCUACUGAUGCUCGAGGAACAUCCGAUCUGCCAGUCUGACUUCCUCGAGAUCAGCACUAUACAUCAAGAGCGACUUGGACUUUACUGUAAUCAUACCCAUCCUCCGCCUCUCGUUGUGCCAGCUUCGGAAGUCGUGAUUCACUUCCACUCUGACGGUGCUAGUCAAGAUGCUGGCUUCCAGAUUCACUACUCCACCAUCGAAGGCAUUCCGGGUUGCAACGACGUGUAUACCGCUACUACUGGUACCAUCAGGAGCCCCGGGGACGUGGGCAAAGACGUAGAAUUGGAGUGCGAAUGGAAAAUCCAGAUGCCCGUUAGCAAACGGAUCGAAGUCACCUGGUCUGAGUUCGAACUAUCGCAAUUGGGCUGUAAAUCGGAAUAAAUCGAGAUUUACGACGGAGAAACCAGCGAAUCUCCAUUGCUCGAUCGAUUUUGCGGUAACGCGUUUCCGCCAACCAUCAGAUCGAACUCCAACGUGAUGCUGGUAAUCUUCAAGACCAACGUCGUACCCAAAGGUUCCUUCGCCCUUUCCUACAAGGCUCUCUGCGGUGGCAUAUUUACCGAGGAAACAGGCAUCAUUCAGUCGCCCAUGUAUCCGCAGCAGAGAACGAAUUUCGAAGACGAAUGCGUCUACGAAAUCAAACCGCCGGCCAACAAGAGGAUCGUAUUGCACUUAUUAGACAUAGAUAUCCGUGGACCGCCCUCGACUACUUGCUACCUAAAUUACUUCCGCGUGUUUGACAGUCCCAAAGAAAACGCCACGCGUCUAGCUAAUAUUUGCGCCUCCGAGUUGGACCUAUCCUCUGAUAACGUUUUCUAUUCUUCCACCCAUAAUUAUAUGAUGAUCAAGUACAGGAACACGAAAGGACGUGGUUUCCUGGCAAACUACACGACUAUUGACACUAAAUGCGGAGGAUUAUACACGGAGAGUGGUAAAACUAUUCAGGUACCCACAAAGAAUUAUCAUUACGCCAACAAUCUAGACUGCGUGUGGACGAUACAAGCCCCAGCGGGAUACAUAGUGAAACUGACGUGGUUGGAAUUUGACCUGGAACAGACCAUGCGUUGUCGGCGCGAUUAUGUCAAGGUGUACGAAAAUUACAUGUCGACGAACAGGGAAGAGUUAGGGACUUUCUGCGAGCAAACUAAACCACCAAUGAUACAGACACAAGGAAACGAGCUGACUGUGGUUUUCCAUUCUGACUCGUCGGUAUCUCGCGAGGGUUUCACAGCAUCCUACGUCUUCAUCAACUCCGCGAAAUCCUGCGGCGGUCAUUUCAUAAAGAAGGUCGGCGUUCUCCAGUCGCCGAAUUAUCCUCACCAUUACCCAAACAAAAGGAUGUGCGAGUGGGUAAUCGAAGCGCCGAACAGGCAAAGGGUGAUUCUCACUGUACAGGAUUUCAAGUUGGAGCAACACUCUAUGUGUAACUUCGACUAUCUGGAAAUCAGAGACGGUGGCUACGUGACUUCUCCGUUAAUCGGCAAAUUCUGUGGAACCAACAUUCCCUCGGAAAUUAUAAGUCAGACGAAUCAAAUACACCUGCUAUUCGUGAGCGAUCAAAUAAAAACGUACAGUGGAUUCAGCAUAGCGUGGGACAGUACAACGAUUGGCUGCGGUGGUACUCUGAACGCUGCCAAUGGCGAGAUUAUGUCCCCGAACUAUCCUCAGCCGUAUAUGUCGCAAGCGGACUGUACGUGGAAAAUCGUGGUGGCGGAGGGCAAUCUGAUACAAUUACUAAUAGUCGAUUUACAAGUGGAACAGCACAGCAAGUGUAGAUUCGACUACAUCGAGAUAUCCGAAGGAAUGAAUCUUCGGGACAGCCAGAGAUACUGCGGCAGGCCUUAUCCGCAAGUCAUUCAGACGAAAUCUAACGUGAUGAACAUUCGGUUCUACAGCGACUAUACGAAUACCGGUCGCGGUUUCCAUCUGAAGUAUGAAACGCUGUGCCAUAACAAAAUACACGGCUUCUACGGCGUGAUCGAGUCGCCCAAUUUCCCGAACAAGUAUAAGCACAAUUUGAACUGCAGCUGGACGAUCGAUGCUCCUAAAGGCAACAAGAUCAACCUGACCUUCUCUCAUUUCGAACUCGAGAACAAGAGUAGACGGGGCUGCAAUUACGACUAUGUGGAGGUGUAUGAGGGCAUAGAGGAUGUCCCUCAAGAUCUGCUGAAGAAACUCUGCAGUGCCAAUGAAAUCCCACCCAAGAUUCACUCAACGCAACCCCAAGUGUUCGUGAAAUUUAUCACGGACUCCAUAUUCGCGUAUAGAGGCUUCAGGCUCGAAUGGGUGGUUGACGGUUGCGGUGGUCACCUGACAAAGCCCGCCGACUCGUUCACGUCUCCCGGAUAUCCGUCUGCUUACCCCACGAAUAUCGAAUGCGAGUGGUUGAUCGAGGUCGAUUACAUGCACAGCAUCGAGCUAACUGUUCACGACAUAAACACGGAGAAACAGAGGGGCUGCUACUACGACAGACUGCAAAUUUAUAGCGGCGUGAACGACCAGUCGCCGUUGCUAGUCGAAUUCUGCUACUCGGCUAAGCCUGUAGUAUACACCAGCUUUGGGAACGCGAUGUUCCUGAAAUUCCAUUCCGACUCGCUUUACUCUUGGCGUGGCUUCAACGUCAGUUACAAAAGUGUUCCGAUCACUUGCGGUGGCAAAUACACUGCCGACCGUGGAAUCAUAUUCUCGACGAAUUAUCCGAAGAACUACCCGAACAAGCAGAACUGCAACUGGCUGAUACAAGUGGAUCAAAACUACGUUGUCAAUAUCACUUUCCUGGACUUCGACGUCGAGGAUACCAAAAAUUGCACCGACGAUUACGUUCAGAUAUACGACGGACCAACGAAGGACUCGCCGUUGCUAGGAACCCACUGUAGAAACGAUCUUCCACCCUCUUACGUGUCAACCAGCAACGAAAUGUUAGUCGUGAUGCGGUCAGACAGUAUGUUAUCGGCAAAAGGGUUCAAAGCGCAGUAUCACAAAGCUUGCGGUGCUCGUAUCAUCGUGGAGAACGAAGGGUUCAUCGUCCCAUCUAUGAGUUACACCGAUAACGUGGACAUGAACCUGAACUGUACAUGGAUAUUGGUCGCUAAGAACCCGGCCGAUCAUGUCACCGUGACAUUCACGCACAUGGAGAUAUACAGGAGUUGGGACGACGAAUGCCUCUUUGACUACAUACGGAUCCUCGAAGGUGAAGGUUUGGAUGGGCCAACUCGCGGCACGUGGUGCGAGGAUGUUAUACCACUGCCAGUAACCAGCAAUGGGAAUGCACUCACUGUGCAUUUGUACAUGGCGAUGGACUUUAUCGAGCACGUUAGCUUCAUGUACUCGGUCUUAAAUUCGGCAUGCGGCGGAACAUACACCUCGUACAGAGGAACAAUCGCCUCGCCAAACUAUCCCAAUUCCUAUCCCUUAAACUCCGAGUGCGUCUGGAUUCUGAAGAACUCGCCCGGAAACAGGAUCAGCCUGACUUUCUCCGAGUUCGAUCUACAGCAAAGCGAAAACUGUGACCUGGAUUACCUGGAGAUUCGCGAGGACAGCGGGAUCGGGAAGCUGAUCAGCAUUUCCUGCGGGACCAAUGUAGAUACGGUCCAAUCGACCAAGUCAUUAUGGAUCAAGUUUAAAAGCGAUGGAGACGACGUGGGUAAAGGAUUCGUCGGUGAAUUUACCGUGACAGCAGGGGACGAUCUCACUGGACCCAUGGGCAGAAUCACUACUCCGCUCUACCCAAUGCCUUAUAAACGCAGAGACAACAUCCACUGGAGAAUCACCGUUGACUUUGGAUGGUUGAUUCGAAUCCAGAUCACCGAUUUAUUUAUCGAGACCCUCGAUUAUACGUGCUUCCCUUACCUCAGAAUAUACGAUGGUUACGACAACGAGGCACCUAUUCUGCUAGAAGCCUGCGGAUUUAAUCUACCUGAUCCAGUCACAUCGGUUACUAACGUAGUCUAUGUCGAACUGUCCACCGAUAGCGUUCGUCACGAUAGCUGGUUCGAUCUUAAUUGGAUUCAGAUACCAAGAGACACCGACAACAUAUUCAAUACAAACGUCGUCGUUAAGCUGCCGGAGUGCAACCAAGAAGUGGGUUUACUGGAUAUCCAAAACUCAAGCUACGAAUUCAGCUCGCCUGGCUGGCCAGAUGGCUAUCAGGACAACCUUCACUGUAACUGGGUUUUCACCUCACCACCUGGCACUCACUUAGUGAUGAGAAUAUUAACCAUGGAUUUGGAAGAGACUUCCGAUUGCGUGGCAGAUUUCGUCGCGGUUUAUUCCGGCAACGCUCUCACAGCUUCAAACAACGCUCAGCUGAUACGAAAGCUCUGCUUAGCGAACUCUACGUCGAUCAUGCUGGCGGCAGGCAAUGUGAUGACAGUGAAGUUCGAAUCGGAUUCCUUCUUGAACAAGACAGGCUUCAGUGCGUACGUCUAUCGAGAUUGCGGUGGCAAGUUGGAGGACCCGAACGGAGAAAUCGAGAUUAGCAAUGUUGUCCUCGGCAGAGGAUCACGCGUUUGGAAGAUUCGCUGCGAAUGGGUAGUCGAAGUGAAACCUGGACGAACUAUACAAGUGCAGAUCACCAAGAUGUCCAUACAACAAGGUCCUAGUUUCACAUGCACUGACAACUACCUGAUGUUGAAGAAUGGUGGCGAAAUGUCGUCACCAUUGCUCGGUGUCGGCAAGUACUGUGGCAACGUGACACCGGAAGUUCUCGAGACCACUGGAAAUCGCUUGUACGUGAAGGCGUACGGAGUUCGGUCCAACGUCAACUUCCAAUUAGCUUACAGGCAAGUGAGCACGAAGUGUGGCGGCGAAUUUAUACUGUCAAGUAGGAACAAGAAAUGGGAAAUAAGCACACCGAAUUACCCGAAUAUCCCGCAUCCCUAUACCGAGUGCACGUGGACCGCGAUGGCGCCCGGUAAAGAGAGGAUCUCCAUCAAUUUCAUCGAAAGAUUCGACCUGAGUUACACCUUAAACUGCGAGAAAGAGUACGUUGAAGUAAGGGACGGCGGGACGGAUAGUUCCAAGCUGCUUGGAAGGUUCUGUAAAGACGUACCACCCAACAGUAUGACGAGUACAGGAAACAUGCUGUUCGUCCACUUCUACACGGACAUUCCGGAACCCAAAAAUGGCUUCAAGGCUGUAUUGACUAUCGAAGAUGUCUGCGGUGGAAUCAUCAGAGGUGUUCACGGCAUCAUCUCUUCACCGAAUUAUCCGUUCUACUACCCGAAAAAUCAGAGUUGCACCUGGCACGUCAUCGCACCAACCGAUCACACCCUGAAAUUCUCCUUCAUGGACAUGCAUUUGCCUGGCUACAGAUAUUGCAAGAAUACCGACUACGUGGAGAUCUUCGAGAUGAUCCCAGGGAAUGACACGAAUAAGCUUGGAACUUACUGCAAUGUGCUGUUACCCGAGGACAUCGAAACAGCGUCCAACGAAGCUGUGGUUACCUUCCACAGCGACAAUAUUGCGUAUACCAUGUACAGAGGAUUUAGUUUGAAUUUUUCUACAAGCCAAGAAGUUUGCGGAGGUGAAUUGACAGCGAUGCAAGGUACGAUAAAGUCGAAUGGGUACCCCAAUAUUGCGACGCGUUCAAAAUACUGUGACUGGAGGAUCAAGCUACCAAAGGGAUAUCAAGUGGUUGUGGACAUACAGGACCUGGACAUAAUGUCUAUGGUCGAAACACGAAUCGGUUACUCUAUAUCGUUCUAUAACGAUUUCCGCUUCAAGUCUAGGAUCGAGGUGAUGAGACAAAAUUGGACGUCACAAGUAAGAAGCUGUGCUAACACCAUGAUGAUCGGAUACUAUUCGUCAAUAGGCUAUCGUGGCUUUAAACUACGCUAUUACGGCGUAGCACCAGCUCCCUGCGGUGGAGUGGUGAACCAAGUCAGAGGUAACUUGACAGGGCCUAGGUACCGACCCUUCAACGAGUCAUCCUAUUUCUGCCAAUGGGACCUGGAAGUACCGCAGAGUCUGAUCAACAACGACAACAGCACUGGGGUGACGUUGUCGAUAAUGAUAACCGGCGCAAUUGGUGGGAUUCGUGGCUACUUUCACGCGAAACAUUGUUACAAUUAUCAGUACAUCAGCCUAAGUGGUUCCGGCAUGCUUUGCGGCAACUUCUCGGAACCGAUGUACCUGAGGAGUCCGAAGCGCCUUAACGAGUUGACGAUAGUGAACGGCACUUUCGGCAAGCCGAUGAAUUUCAAACUCGAGUACCAGUGGCAACCAUGUGGUGGCAUUCUUCAAGGACUGACGCACGUGAUAAGCACACCUAAGAAUAUAUCCUAUCCUAUCAAUUGUGUCUGGCAUGCCAAUUAUCCAGACAAUGGCGAGACGAUCAAGUUCCACCUGAAAAGAUUUCAUUUGGGAUCCUGUGACAGGAAUUACAUCAACAUCAGGGACGGUGGACCAUUAUCGCCGCAGAUCGUGAAAUUCUGUGCAAACGUGCAAACAUACAACAUCACCAGCACGUCUAAUCAGCUGUGGAUCGAGUAUACGGCAAUGGAGGAGCCGAAUGAUUUCGAGUUCAUUCUGGAAUCAGGAAGUAACGGAUGUGGCGGCGCUCUGCGCGGCACCAACCGAGAGAUCUCGUCGCCCAAGUUCCCCUCGCAGUACCCCAACAACGCGGAAUGUACCUGGGAAAUAACCGCGGAAAAUGGCUACCACAUUGGCCUGGUAUUCGUUGAUCGUUUCAAUUUAGAGAGUUCUGUGAACUGCGAGAAGGAUUACGUACAGAUAUUCGAGUGGAUCAAGGGAACCAAUGAAACCUCCGCUCCAGUGUGGAAGCAGUUUGCGAGGAUCUGCGGUAGAAACACGCCGCAGCCAUUCAACGUGACGGGCAAUCGCAUGCUGGUGACCUUCCAUUCGAACGAGGCGAUCCAGGGUGAUGGAUUCCGAGCCAUGUGGUACCAGAACUGCGGCGGUGUCUUCAAUGUCACCACUCAUCCUAACAUCAUCGUGUCACCAGGGUUUCCGAAUUUCUAUCAACCAAACCUGUUCUGUAACUAUACCCUCCUGGCUCCGGGGAAUAGCUUUAUCAUCCAGUUCACGGAAUUCCAGGUGGAACAGAGUCGCAAGGACUGUCGUUUCGACAAUGUGACGGUCAAGUAUACCGAAAAAUAUUCCGAAGAGGAGAAAAUUUGGUGCGGUGAAGAGAAGCCUCCAAUACUAAUGUCAAUAGAUAGGGCAGAGAUCAUCUUCCAAACCGAUCGAUACAUUCAACGAAACGGAUUUGUAUUGAAAUACUACAUCAGUGGCUGUGGCGGAGUGAUAACAGAACCCUCGGAGAUUAAGCCCUUAAUGAACAACGACGCAUACCUCGGCGGAAUCACCUGCUCGUGGGAAAUUCGGGCACCCAAAGACAAGNGCGUCGUCCUGCGUUUCGAGUCAUUCGAACUCGAGGACAGCUACAGGUGUAUGUACGAUAAAGUGACAGUCUACGAAGAAGUAAAAAUAUUGGAAGAAAAUAAACUGGCUACGCUGUGUGGAAAUCUGACUGAACAUUUGCCAAUCUUCAAGUCUAAUUCCAGUUCUAUGGUAGUUGAAUUCUUCGCGGACGAUAGUUUCCAUUUCAAAGGCUUCUCCGCAAAGGUACUUUUCGUGAAGAACGUAGCGGCAGGUUGCGGUGGCUUCGUUAAUUUAACUGAUAUUCGAAGUCAGUCGUUCAAGACGCAGAAAGGCUCGACUUACGAUAGUCUGGAAGACUGUCACUGGCGCGUGAUAGCACCGAAUGGGAAGAACAUCAAAUUCACUAUCAAUAGCAUGGACGUUAAGAACGCUGUGAACAAAAAUGCUACAAGCGAGUGCAUGGGCGAUUAUAUCGAGAUUCGCGAUGGUUCCGGGCCCUUGGCCGAGCUUCUUGGAAGAUACUGUGGCAACGAUCCUCCACUUCCUAUCAUGUCUGGCACAAACGCGCUCUGGCUACGAUUCUUCAGCGAUGGUACCCUCGAGGGAGCUGGUGUGACUGGAACAUUCGAGGCUGUAGAUGCGCUGUGCAGCUUCGCUUCUCUAAGCGUAAACGACACGAGGCUCAUACUGACAUCGCCGGAUUAUCCAAAUAACUAUGAGCCCGGUUCAAGGUGUCGUUGGAUAUUGAAAUGUACCGAUACGUGCACCGAGAAACUAAAGAUUCGGUUCUUGGACAUGGAUAUGCCGGACAGUGACACGUGCGAGAAUGACUUCGUUCAGAUCACAGAUAUGCAGAAUCGAAAGUACAUCGAGGAAGGCUUCGGCAAGAACUUCGUAUGGAAUGGAAAGACGAAGGAGAAAUAUUUUAGCUCGAACAACUUUGCGACGUCGACCGCGUAUAAAUACUGUGGCUACAAUUUGCCUCACGAUUACUACAGUUACAGCGAUACGGUCGAGGUGUCGUUCCAAGGAUUGAGAUCCGGUUAUAGAGGUUUCAAGCUCGAGUAUAGCAAGGCGACGUGUGCCUGGAAUUUCACGGCGGAGCAAGGUCGAAUUUUGCACACGGGUAUCCAGGACUGCCAGUUCACGGUCACAGCUCCCCCGAACCAUACGAUCUCUCUGUACUUCAACGAAUUGACGAUAUACGACUCGACCGAGUGCACGGAAACCUACUUACGCAUAUUCGAGGGUGACUUCGAUGGUACGCUGUUGGCGACAUUAUGCUCAUUGGAGGUGCCCAGUCCUAUCUUCAGUACAGGGAACAAGCUGUCUCUACGAUCCGUGUCCAAAUGGCACACUACCUACGAGUCAUACGAUAUCACGUACACGACUACGAGCGCAGGUCGUGGCUGUGGCGGUCAAAUAUACAAUUACGCCGGGUCAUUCACGUCACCCAUGUACCCCAAUGAAUAUCGCGAGAACUCCGUGUGUACCUGGGACAUCAGCGUGCCACGUGGCCUAAAAAUCGCUCUGGAGUUCCCAGUGCUCGACAUCGGCACGAAGGACACCUGCGACUACUCCUACAACAUCGUGCAGAUCAACGACGUGACAUCGGACGGAGAGGAGCUUCAUGGCACCACUAUCUGUGGAGGGGACAAUUCCGCGUCUUACGUGUCCAGCGGUAAUCGGUUGAUCGUGAAAUACACCUCAUCGAUGAGCAAUAUCGGAACCGGUUGGAGGGCGACCUUCAGAGCCCAAGAAAGCUAAGGGGAAAGGUUUCCGAGUGCAAAAUUCACAGAACGAUUUACAAAAAUAUUUAUUCUUUCAACGUGUAUGUAUAUUUCGAAGAUAAACUAUGCCGUGUAUUUGUGUCAGCACAAUUCGAAGAGGUCGACGAAUUUGGGUGAUUAAUUGUCGGCGAUCUGGUAUUUGUAAAUAACCUAACGUUUGUACGAUUACAUGUGGACAGAGAUGUAAUAAACGACAUUUCGUAUAACGUGGAAUAUUGUAAUUGGCCGAUCGUCU